CCAACCGACAAAUGUUUGAUCAAAUCAGCAAACCACAUCUGUGUUAUCCUAUCAUUUUAUAAAAUCACUAGUUUUUGCAUAUGAUAUCGUCCGAGCAGAAUUAAAAAGACUAGUAAUAAAUAUAGCCUUUGUUAGUUUUCAAAUAGGUCCAGUUGUUUUUGAGUAUAUUCGUUACAUACAAAAAUACAAAUCUUUUCUCUUUAUAAUGUAAUAAUUUAGCAUGGUUUUUAGUUUUUAAUUAUUUUUUUUGUUCGGAGAGCAAGUAGCUCUUAAUUGCAUGAGGAUUUUCUGUAGACGUUACACAUAUUUUGUUUGUUUUUUUAUUACUUUUUUUCAAGUGUAAAAGCAUUACAAGGAAUGUCUAGUUCGAAAAGACAAAUAUACACUAUCUGUUUGACACUAGCAUUUAAUAAAACCACAAUCAAUUGAUGUUAAUGGCCGUUUCUGAUCAAUGAUGACCAUGUUAUUUGCAAUCAUAAUAUUUGAUUGGUUCAUAUAAGAGUGUUAUUCAACUUUUGCAAGAGGAAUUAUUGUAAUUCAACCUUAAAAUGUGAGUUUAUAAGUAAUAAUACGCAUUUUCGUUAAAUUAAUAACUAGGUAACCAUAACAUUUGAUGAAUGAAAUGAUUCGGUUUACAUUAAAAUAUCUAGAUAAGUACAGUAUAGGGUUGUUUAAAUUUUUCAUGGUGAAAUAUACUUUUUUUCUUAGUUAUUCGCGAUUCAACGGUAUUACGGAAAUAUCUGCAAGACAUAGUAAUGGUUUGACAUCAGAGAAGAUAUUGGGAAAUGGGACAAGGAUAGUAAUGGGUGGUAUACUAAACAACCCUUCGUUGAGCUUCAACGACGGCGUACGUACGGUGGACUUUGUGCUUGUAUGGGAGGCGGGCAAAGAGAACGCUACCACGCCGGAGGCUUUCCAGCAAAGGAAAGUAUUCGAGGAGAAUCUCGAAAAAGAGGGCCUGCAGUUGGAGAGAGAGGCACCGGAAAACUUGCAUGGAUUGCACUUUGUUAAGAUACAUGCACCACUUUCAGUUUUAAAAGACUACAGUGAAAUAUUAAAACUUCGGAUGCCGAUGAAGGAUUGCAGUAAAAUAAGAAAAAGUGGGAGGACGAAUGCAAUACUGAAUGCCGCCAUGUAUAUGUCGAAGUUUUCAGCGUUAAGAGAUGUGCACGAGAAGACGAAUACACUGUUAGAUAGAAUGCAAGCGUGCUGGGAUGGCUUCAUGUCGAAAAUUAGAGUCGACCACAAAAUGUUUCCUGAGAGAAAGCAUCGGCUAACAGCAAUAUACUCUAAGGAUAAAGAAUAUUUAUUUGAUACAGCGUCGGAUUGUUUCUGGACACCAUCAGUGCGAUCUCGUAUCGUGCAGUUCAUAUUGGAUCGUAAACGAUUCUCUGAGCGGCAGAAUGAUGACUUCGCUUUUGGCAUCGCUCGACUUAUAUCCUACAAUACUUAUAGUGCAGCUUAUCCUCUACAUGAUGGUGAUUUAAAAACUCCUGGCUCUAUGCGACAUUUGUUAUACACGGAGUGGGCGAGUGUAUCCAAAUGUAUCAAAUAUCAACCGCUGGAUUACGUCAAGGAUUAUUUUGGAGUUAAAAUUGGAUUGUACUUUGCUUGGUUAGGUUUUUAUACUCACAUGUUGAUCCCAGCAUCUAUAGUUGGUCUGAUUUGUGUCAUAUAUUCUGCUGCUACGGUAUAUUCUAACAAGCCAAGCGAAGACAUAUGCAAUUAUGCGUCAAAUAUAAAGAUGUGUCCGUUAUGUGAUUAUUUCUGCGAGUACUGGGACUUAAGAGACACGUGUCUGCAGUCACGAAUAACUUACCUCUUCGACAACUCGACAACUGUCUUCUUUGCAAUCUUUAUGAGUUUCUGGGCUGCUUGUUUUCUAGAGAUGUGGAAGCGAUAUUCAGCGGAGAUGACUCACAGAUGGGACCUGACAGGUUUCGACGUGUACGAGGAGCAUCCCAGACCACAGUACCUGGCUCGGCUGGCGCACGUCAAGAGGACACAGUUGAACGUGGUAACCGGUGUGCGGGAGCCGACGGUGCCGUACUGGCGCAUGCGUCUCCCAGCCACGCUGAUGUCGUUCAGUGUGGUGGCGCUGCUGGUGCUGCUGGCGCUGGCCACCGUGCUGGGUGUGGUGCUGUACCGCAUGUCUCUGCUCGGUGCCAGCAUCCUGCGCCGCAAUGACAAGGACCUCAUCACAUCUAACCCCAUCAUGUUCACCACUGCUACGGCUGCCUGCAUCAAUCUUGUCUUCAUUUGCAUAUUUAAUUAUGUGUACCAGUACUUAGCGGAAUGGCUGACGGAAAAGGAGCUGCUGCGAACACAAACUGAGUUCGACGAUUCGUUGACGCUCAAGAUAUAUCUGUUGCAAUUCGUCAACUACUACGCUUCCAUAUUCUACAUCGCGUUCUUCAAGGGCAAGUUUAUUGGCCGGCCCGGGGAUUACGUGAGGCUGUUUGGACAUAGACAAGAAGAGUGCGCUCCGGGUGGCUGUUUGCUGGAGCUGUCUAUCCAGCUGGCCAUCAUCAUGGUGGGCAAGCAGUUCAUCAACACUGUGGUGGAGAUGCUCCUGCCCUACCUGCUCAAGUGGUGGAACAUUAUACGUACCAUCGGAAGGAAAAACCGAAUAAAAAGUCCAAUACAAUGGGUGAAAGAUUUCAAGCUUGUCGACUUCGGAAACAUGGGUCUGUUUCCAGAGUACCUUGAAAUGGUGUUACAGUACGGUUUUGUAACAAUAUUCGUGGCUGCGUUCCCACUGGCGCCGCUGUUCGCGCUCAUCAACAACAUACUGGAGAUGCGGCUGGAUGCCAAGAAGUUCCUGACUUGUUACCGGCGGCCUGUGCCUCAGCGCGUCACUGACAUCGGCGUCUGGUACCGCAUCCUCGACUCCAUCGGCAAGCUCAGCGUCAUCACCAAUGGUUUCAUCAUAGCAUUCACAUCGGAGUUCAUUCCGCGGCUGGUAUACCAGUACUCGACUGGCUCACUGGACCAGUACGUCAACCACACGCUGGCAGACUUCAACGUCACCGUGCUCGAACAUCCGCCGCACGAGUCCAAGUAUAACCAAUCUAUGUGCAGCUAUCCCGGAUACUGGUAUUACAAAGAAGGAGACGACUACGAGCACUCGAACUGGUAUUGGCAUAUUAUUGGCGCGCGACUUGCUUUCGUUGUUGUUUUUGAGAACGUGGUGGCGCUAGUGAUGAUAAUAGUGAAGUGGGCGAUCCCGGACAUGUCGGGCGAGCUGCGCGACCGCAUCCGGCGCGAGGCGUACGUCAUCAACAGCUUCAUACUGGACGAGACGCGCGCGCGCACGCUCGCCGAGCGCGGCAACUCGCGCACGGACGCGCGCUCGGAUGCGCGCUCGGAUGCGCGCUCGGAUGCGCGUGCGCAAGGUGAAAAAAGCGAUUCUGAUUGGAACCACAUAGCGUCACUGUCUGGGUCCGACUUCGAUCUGGCCGCGCAUGGUGACCAUCAGAACAUCGCGGACAUCGCUAAACAUGUGGUCACCAACUCGCCGAAACAGGAGCGACCCGGACCGGCGCAUGUGUAGUCAUUGUCGUCAAU